ACUACUAUUUUUUAUUGAUAUUCUCAAAUGAUGGGCUUUUCGUCGACGUCAUUUUGUGAGAAACUGAGGAUAUUGUAAUCGGCUCGACUUAAAGAUUAUUAAUAAUCAUUGGAGUACAGUAGUGUUGUCUACAACACUGUAAUAUAAAAGUUCGCAUUUAAUAAUUUUGAAGUCGAUUUUACAGUGGUGUUUGUACGUGCUCAUAUUAAGUAAUCAUGGAUGAGGAAUAUGAUUGUAUUGUUUUGGGAACUGGACUUAAAGAAUGUAUUUUGUCAGGUAUGUUGUCGGUUUCUGGUAAGAAAGUAUUGCAUGUAGACCGUAAUAAAUAUUAUGGUGGUGAAUCAGCAUCUAUUACUCCACUACCCGAAUUAUUUCAAAAGUUUAAUGUAAAAGAGCCUGACGAAAAAGAAUAUGGUCGUGGACGAGAUUGGAAUGUUGAUCUAGUACCUAAAUUCUUAAUGGCCAAUGGUCUGCUUGUAAAGCUUCUUAUUCAUACUGGUGUUACACGUUAUCUUGAGUUUAAAUCUGUUGAGGGUAGUUAUGUUUAUAAAGGUGGAAAAAUUUACAAAGUUCCCGUUGAUCAGAAAGAAGCUCUUUCAACAGACCUCAUGGGUAUUUUUGAAAAACGUAGGUUUAGAAAUUUCUUGAUUUUUGUGCAAGACUUUCAUGAAGAUGAUCCUAAAACAUGGAAAGAUGUAGAUCCACAUCGUAUGUCUGCUUACCAAUUGUAUACAAAAUUUGGCUUGGACAAAAAUACUCAAGAUUUCACUGGACAUGCUUUGGCUCUUUAUUUAAAUGAUGAUUACAUAAACGAACCAGCUGCAAAAUUGAUAAGACGUAUAAAAUUAUAUAGUGACUCGUUAGCACGCUAUGGAAAAAGUCCUUACUUAUAUCCUUUGUAUGGCCUUGGAGAAUUGCCUCAGGGUUUUGCACGUCUAAGUGCUAUUUAUGGUGGUACAUAUAUGUUGAACACACCAGUCGAUGAAAUUGUUUUUGAAGGAUCAAGUGUUAUUGGUAUUAAAAGUGGAGAUGUUAUAGCUAAAUGUAAGCAGGUAUUUUGUGAUCCAUCAUAUGUUAGUGAUCGAGUUAAGAAAACUGGUCAGGUUAUUAGAUGCAUUUGUUUGUUAAAUCAUCCAAUACCUAACACAAGAGAUGCUCUUUCUACCCAAAUAAUCAUUCCUCAAAACCAAGUCAAUCGUAAAUCAGAUAUAUAUGUUUCAUUGGUCAGUAAUACUCAUCAAGUGUGUGCUCCUGGAUGGUUUACUGCUAUGGUAUCAACCAAAGUAGAAACAACUAAUCCAGAAUUAGAAAUUAAACCUGGUUUGGAUUUGUUAGGAACUAUCAAACAGAAAUUUGUUUCUAUAUCGGAUUAUUAUGAACCAAUUGAUGAUGGAAAAGAGAGCAAAGUAUUUAUCUCUACGUCAUAUGAUGCUACAUCCCACUUUGAAACAACUUGUUUAGAUGUAUUGGAUAUUUACAAACGUGCUACUGGAGAAGAAUUUGACUUUUCUAAAAUCAAGUUAGAAACAGAGGAUGCGUAAAAAUAUAAUAUCUAUAAAUUAUUUAUUAAGUGUGAUUGUAUAUUUCUUAAAAAAAAUCGUCCCCAUUUCCUAAAAGUAAUAGCAUAAUUAAUAAUUAUAGCCAAAUUUUAAAUUAUCUAUUAAUGUUGAUGUCAUUUGCAUUUUUUUAUUAUUAUUGGUUAACAUAUGUAGUUUUAUAUAAAAUAUUGUAUGUAAUUACAUAUUAAUGUGCAUUAUUGAUAAUUAUUAAUAUUCGUAUAUAAACUUACUAUUAAAUUAUGUUAUUAUUAAAACUGUAAUUAUUAUUUCCAAUAAUUUUAUUAACUUUUGUAAAAUUUAUAUAUUAAGCUUUAAACUUUGUUCAAUGAUUAUGUUGGUUUAUACAGAUAUUUGUUUUUGGUCAAAUCCUUCAAUAUAUUGAAAUUUAUGUGUGAUUAAAAUUUUUCAAUAAAACUUAAAAACAUAUUUACUUUUA